AUGGGUAUCCAGCACGUCACAUCCCUCGCCCAGCUCGAGGAGGUCUUUGCCGCCAACACCUACGUCGUCGUCGACUUCUUCGCCACCUGGUGCCCGCCGUGCAAGGCCAUCGCGCCCGUCUACGAGAAGCUCGCCGACAAGCACGGCGCCGCCGGCAGCUUCGCCUUUGCCAAGGUCAACGUCGAGGAGGCCACCGACGCCGCGCAAAAGUACAACAUCACCGCCAUGCCCACCUUUCUCUUCUUCAAGGACGGCAAGCAGGUCAUGGUCCACGGCCAGCUCGACAUCAAGGGCGCCAACCCGCCCGCGCUGACGGCCGCCGCCGAUAAGAUUGGCGGGCUGGCCGCCGCGCGCCCAACCGAGGCGGACGCUGGCGCGGCGUAG